AAAACUCUAACCUGCCUCAUUGAAAGAUAUCAUGGGUGAAAUACAAGGAGAUCAGCAUGAUGAACUAGCAUGGAGGCCAAAGGAGGAAGAAGAAGAAGAAGAGCGAGCACGAGUAGAUAUAUAUAAAUAUAUAUUCGGGUUUGUAGAAAUUGCUGUAGUGAAAUGUGCCAUUGAGCUUGGAAUAGCCGACGCCAUCGAAAGCCAUGGAGGUCCCAUGUCUCUCUUGGACCUAUCCUCAGCCCUAAGCUGUGCUCCUCCUACCCUUCACCGGAUCAUGAGAUUUUUGGUGAACCGCCGAAUAUUCAAAGAGAACAGAAACGACAUCGUUCAAGGAUGUCUUUACGCACAGACAGCCCUCUCACGCCUCCUCUUGAAGUCCGGUCAAAGGAGCAUGGCGUCGUUCGUGUUGUUGGAGAGCAGCCACCCUAUGCUGGCGCCGUGGCACGGCCUGAGCGCCCUUGUCAAGGCCCAAGCAACUGAUUCUUUGACACCAUUCGAGGCUGCGAAUGGCAAGGAUGUAUGGAGCUACGCGGCAGCCAAUCCUGGGCACAGCCAGCUGAUCAAUGAAGCAAUGGCCUGCAAUGCCAGGGUCACGGUGGCUGCAAUCUUAGACGAUUGCGCCGAAGUGUUCGAUGGUAUCGGUACCAUCGUCGACGUUGGUGGUGGCAAUGGAACCACUAUGCAGCUCUUGGUUAAGGGUUGUCCUUGGAUUCAUCAAGGCAUCAACUUUGAUCUUCCCCAUGUUGUGUCUGCUGCUCUGAAAUCUGAUGGUGUUGUUCAUGUUGGUGGUGAUAUGUUUGAUUCUGUUCCUAAAGCUGAUGCUGCUUUUCUCAUGUGGGUUCUUCAUGACUGGGGAGACGAAGAGUGUAUCCAAAUACUAAACAAGUGUAGGGAAGCUAUCUCGGACAAAGGAAAGUUGAUCAUUGUAGAAUCUGUGAUUGAAAAUAAAGAUCAGCCAGAUCAUGUUGUGAAAGAAAAGAUGAAGCUCAAAGAUGUUGGUUUGUUUCUUGAUAUGGUGAUGAUGGUUCAUACUGAGAAAGGCAAAGAGAGGACCUUGGAGGAAUGGGCUUACGUUCUUGCCCAAGCAGGUUUCACUCGAUACAAUGUUAGAUCUAUUAAUGGUGCUGUAUCCUCGGUUAUCGAGGCUUUCCCGGCCUAAGAUACAUUAUUAGCUAGUUUAUUAGUGCAAUUCAAUAUCGAGUCCCUCGUAUUUGAAUUUAAUAUUGUUAACCUAUUUAUGAGGUGAUACCUCGUGUGGUGUUGAACGUUUUACGGUGCAAAUAGCAACACUCGUAUUAUUAGGUUCUUUUCAAUAAAGAGAAAUUGAUGAAAAUGACUAUUUUUUUUA